ACGGGAAAUAAAGAUGGAGGAACAGAAAAUGAAAACUGAGAGACGAGAGUUAAAAGCUUCCUCUGAGAGAGUUUCCAUGGAGCUUCUCAGCCACAGGAUUGGCAGAUUGGAGAAGAGAAUAGAAGAAUUGAAGGCUGAAUACCAGGAACUGGAUCAGAAUGCAAAGGAACUCAUUCAUUCCUUCGAACCGCAAUGUGAAAGCAUUGCAAAGGAAGCUGGAGAAGAUGAACUGUGGUCAUCGCUCCUGGAAGACAGGCUCACACGUGUGGAAGUCAACUUAUUCUUCAGUUAUGUCGUUGACAUGCUUCAGUCUUUGCAUCUUCGUGUGUUGGAGAAACAGCCAGGCUUUACCAGCAUUCUGCCCACUCUGUCUUCUAUCCUGAGAAGAAAAACUUGGGAUAUGGAGCUUGAGGCCAUAUGGACAAGUGUUCUCCCUGAGUUUGGUCUGAAUGAAUCCGACAUAAAAGCUCUGUGUGCGUUCUUUGUGACUCACUGCAAUGAGGCUGACUAUUACUCACUGAAGGAAAGACAGAGGUACAGUCAGAAUAUCCAAGAGGUGUUAGACAAAGCCGUGCCCAGUCGCAUUCUACAUCACUGUCUCCUCCAUCUUGUGCAGUUGGCAGAGAAAGAAAGUGAAAAGGUGGCAACAGAGCAACAACAAGUCACUAGAGCAAGCACACGAAGGAGACCAAGGCCAAAUUGA